UGAUCUUGAAAUAUGUUAUGAUAAUAGGAAUAUUGUGAUUAUAAACAUAUGUUAAUAUGUUUGAUUGUAUUCUAUAAGUAAAUACGGUUAUAAAUGUCAAAUCCAAUAUUAACACUAAUUUUAAAGAAAUUUUUUAUUAUUUAUUUAUUUUUGCUAAUUCAUUUAAUUUAAAUUUGAAAAAAUCAGAAAUGAGUGAAGAAAUGACAAAUCAAAAUCUUUCUUUACAAAAAGUUUUAUUACCUGGUCAUGAUCCUGGAUGGAAUGAUCCUCCGAAAUGGGCAUAUUCUAUGGCACAAAGUUCUAUAACUCCUACUAAACGAAUGUUAAAUAAAAGAGUAGCAUUUCCUAUGACAUCUAUACAAACUAAAGAUAAAGAAUCUUCUUUAAACAAACCAUUAAAUAUGCCUCCACCAAUACAAUCUGCAAUUAAUUUAACAACAGCAUCACAUCCUCCAUUAUUAUGUCCUUCAAAUAAAAGUAAUUUGAAAGGAAUGAAUGAAAUAAAUAUUAACAAAGAGGAGACAUUAAAUAAUGUCUUGAUAAAUUUAGAAGCUGUAAUUAAUGAACAUAUAUCUGAAAAAAAUAGUGCUGAAGAAGUAAAGAAAAAAUUAGAUAUAUUAAAAACUGCAUGGCUUGAAGAUAAACUAAACAAUGUGAUAUAUAAGAAUAUUUUAGAUUUAUCUACAGCUUUACGAGAAGGGAAUAUUGAAAAAGCUGAUGAAAUACAUAUUGCAUUAAUGAUGUAUCAUGCUAAUCUAUGUAAUACAUGGAUACCCGGAAUUAGACAUAUUAUUUUAGGAUUAAAAACCAAAAUGAAAAGCUCAAAUAUUACAUAUUCUCAAAGUUCAGAAUCAAAUUUAUUAUUAACUGAAAGAAACGAAUAAGUAGAAUUUUUUCAGGAACAAUAUUUUUAUGUAUAAUGAACAUUACUUCUUUAUUUAUAUAAUUUUACAUAUUAAUUAAUCUUAUUAAAAAUAGUAAAGAAAACUACGAAUAUUAUCAAUAUAACAAAUUUUAUUAUAAUUAUACAAUAAAACUAAUUAAAUCAAUUUCAUAUAAUGUUUAUUAUAUUUUUGACGAUUAUCAAUAACGGAAGUUUAUUAUAAUAUAAACAUAAUAGAUUUUAUAAUAUUGAUAUUCAAAUAGUAAAAAAUUAAUAUUGUGGCAAUAUAUAUAUAUGUUCAAUAAAAUUGAAAAUGUGAAUAUCAUUAUUACAUAUUUUAUUAAAAUAUGUAAUUAAAUUAUAAUAUAAUUUUUCAUGCUAAGUUUGAUAUAUAAUUUUCUGUAUAUAUAUAUAUAUAUAUAUAUUUCUGAAUAUUUAGCACUUUUACAUAGCGUAAAUUUAAUAAAAAUUAUUGAUUAGCAAAGUCUGUAAGUUAAAAUAUUUAUCAAUUUUAUUUAUAUAUAUACAUAUAUGAGGUGUUAACAUAUUUGUGAAACACUUUUCGAGGAUCGAUUUUAAAAGUAAAAACAAAUAUAAAAGUUAAUAUAUGUAUAUACAAAAAUAUCGACUAAUGCCAUUAAUGAAGUUACAAAAUAAUUUAAGUUUGUGUUACGAAAUGAAACAGAGAUAGAAUAAAAUAAUUUUAUCUCUGUUAGUUAUAUUAUCUCCUUUCACUCUGUUUUUGCUUCUCUAUAUCGAAUUUAAUAAACUUAAAUUGCGUAUUAUUUAAUAAAAAAAGGCUUAACCGAUAUUUUUAUAUAUCUAAGUUUAUUUCUUAAUCGAUCUUCUAAAAUUCUAUUUAAUGAAUAGUAUAUUAACACCCUAUAAUUUCAAUAUAAUGAUUAUGAAUUAUUUUGUUACGCACGCGUGUUUAAAUGUAAAUGUAAAUGUAAGCAGAAAUAAAUUAUAAUUUUAAUUAAA